GCGUCCGCGAGCGCUGCAGACGAAAGCGGCGGCUUCCGGCUCAGCCGGCGCGCUCCGUCGGCGCUGCCAGUAGCGAUGCAUCCGGCCAAGACGUGGCUGCUGAUCGCGUGGCUGCGGGCCGCGCUGUUGACCGACGCCGUGGCGGUCUUCUCGUGCCCGAGCUUGGAGCUGUGCAGCUGCACGAGCGACAGGGUGGACUGCGUCUGCCCGCGUGGCGACGAGGACCUCGACCUCUUUGCCCUGUACGAGACAGACGUGCGGGUCAUCAGCGUGCGCCACUGCGGCUCUGUCCUGGUACCACCGUACUUGGUGGCUGGCCUGAGCCUCGACGAGCUUAGCAUCGGCGACGUGCGGCAGCUCAAGAUCCGAGCCUUGGCCUUCGAAGGCGUGGACAGGCUGACGUCGCUGCGUAUCCGCCGGGUCGACAGCCUAGUCCUUGACCAGUUCGCCCUGCACGGGCUUCGAGAAACGGCGCUGAUUGAGCUGAACAGCGUUACCAUGGACGAGGUUCCGACGGCCGGUCUGUCCGGCCUGAUGGGCGUCGACGAGAUUCACUUCCGGGACUCGCGGCUGGGCACGCUGCACAGCAUGGCUCUGCUCUUGGCCAACGCCAGUCUGUUCCGAAUGGAAAACUGCACCGUGGCGAGGAUGCAAAACGCGUCGUUGGUUGCAGACUCGCUCUCGAGCGUGCAGCUGAUCAACUGCACCUUCGGUGACACUGACCAAGGGGCCCUGGUGUUACACAACGUGUCUCGAGUCGUGGUGUCCGGAUGCCAAUUCGGCGAGCUCAGGCACAAGUUCCUUCUGGCCCAGCUUGUCGACGUGUUUGUCUUCGAACGGAACGCUUUGCCGUUCGUCGGCAGACAGACCCUGCGAGCCCUUUCUUCUCUUCCUAACGUAUCCAUCUCUCAGAACGAAUUUCAGCGGGUGGACUCUCUUCCUACUGGACCGGGGGUCGCGCUGUCCAACAACAGCUUCGAGUGUGACUGCCACCUGGCCUGGAUGUGGGAGCAGCCCAGAGCCCUUCUAUCCGCCGGUCACUGUGCCGGUCCGUGGCCACUCCGAGGCGUAGCCCUGGAUAUGCUCCGGCCAGAACCCCCGCACGGCCCCUGCGUGCUCCUGGAAGUUCUGAGUGACACCCGAGUGACUGUCCUCACCAACGGGAGCUCGCGUUCACCAGCCCUGGACCUUCUUACGCUCAUCUGGAUGGUCUUUGUCUGUUGCUGCGCCCACUGAAAACUCGUGAAAAACUCGCGCCGUCGUCUGCUGUACGAGAACGCAAGGCGACGACAAAGGGUGCUGGACACAGAGAAUAGAAAGUUUGAAAAUAGUGUGAGAACACAUCGGGUUCCUCAAGCAGUUUGGAAUGUCGCACUGGUCAUGUGGGGAAGUUCUGCGCAUGCGCAGGAAAAUGAGCCAAGCGGUUAGGGGCACCCAAAGUGUGGGGAUGAGGUGCUAUUUAGCGUGCACCCCAACGGCUGUCUGUGGUCACAGUUGAGGACAGAUCGAUGCCAUCUUGCAGCUCGUGCUGUACAAUGAAUGGAUUGCGCUGACGUACCAUCAUCUUCCAUACAUGACUUGCACGCGACGUCAUUGUACCCUGCUGGUUGUCAUUCCUAUUUGUUAUUGCCGACAACUCCGUGGUGCACAAUGUACGCUACAUAAGGUACUACAUGCCCAGCAGGAUGUCCGCCACAAGGGCCUCUUAUGUGACGUCAGUGUAAACCAUGUAUUGUGGUGGCCUUGCUGCCCGCGAAAUUGUUUUUGUCAUCAAGAACAAGUAGGAAUGACCACCAGCAAGAUGCGAUAUGACGUCGAGUGCAAACCACGUACUGAUCCUCCUCUGACUUGUAGACGUGAUCAGAGGCGUGGACAGAGUCACUGCUCACGAGCAUGCCUGCGAGGAACCAUUCUUGAUCUCCGGAGUUUCCUUACGUGGGCUAUGGACGGAAGAAAACUUGUCGUCCCACUUUUUUUAUUGCGAUUUUGUGUUGGCCGGGAGUAUCUGGUGACAGGGCAAGAACGUUCCUGUUAAUGCGUUCAGAUCGAAAUUAGUAGGCACGAAGAGGAAGAUGUUAGACGCCGAAACACGUAGCCUCGACGUACUCAGUUCGAUUGAUGUUUCGUACUUAAUCCACUAUAAGACGCGAGUCCAUUUUGCCAAUGUGAAACCAGAGUGAAACCAGUGUGCAGCAAUUCCUUGGCAGUUCAACUGCAGUAACCCUUGCUGAGCUCGGUCGCCAUGCUGCCGGUACUUUCUGCAGAAACGAGAGUGAACUAGAGGGUGCCUACCAGAGGUUAUAAAGCCGAUUUCCUUCUAUACGCCGCUUGAAUUUAUUCUAAGAAGUACGACUCUACGGUAAACAUUUCAUCGACUCGGAGUGAACCUAACAAAAUGAUUUUAUUUUGUAACUUUGAUUCGUGCAUUAGGCGACGGGACAAGGCAGCCAAAGCGUAGCAUGAUGGUGGAAACUUGAACGCAAAAACCAAACGGGGAAAAAAAUAAACUUUAUUUUUUAGAAGUGUA